AGCUAGCUCUCUCUCUGCCGCAUGCCUGCAGCUAGCUCUCUCUCUGCCGCAUGCCUGUGUGUGAAGAUGAGCUCUCAACUUCCUGUUGCUGCCAUGCCUGCCACCUGUGGCCAGGCCUCCCUGCCACAAUGAGGAGCCCUUGUUCCCAGUGCUCGGGAGGCAGAGGCAGGCGGAUCUCUGUGAGUUUCAGCCUGGUCUACAGAGUGAGUUCCAGGACAACCAUAGCUGCUUUAUAGAAACCCUCUCUUGAAAGCCAAUUUAAAAAAAAAAAAAAAGCAUGCACUGCUCUUGAGAAUACCCAAGUCUGAUUGCAGCACUCACAUGGGGAGGCACACACCUGCCUGUAACUCCAGAGGAUCUGAUGCCCUCUUUUGAUCUCUGUAGGCACCAGGAUAAACAUGGCACGCACACACACACAUUUCAUAUGCUCCAUGCAAACCCCAAUACUUGUGCUGUGGUGAUUUGCAUGAGAAUGCCCGCCUCCAAAGGCUCAUCCGUUUGCAAACUUGGUCCUCAGUUGGUGGAACUGUUUGGGAAGAAUUAGGUGUGACCUUACUGGAGGAGGUAUGUCACUGGGGGUGGGCUUUGAGAAUUAAACAGAGGACCUGCUCUGUUCGGUGUGUUCUCUCUCUGCCUCCUACUGACUGACAUAUGUGACCUCGCGCUGUUCCUGCCUUCGUUCUGCCAUCUAACACUCGGAAACUCCAAGCUCAGUUCAGUGCUUGCGCUUAUAUGUUGCCUUGGUCCUGGUGUUUUGACACAGCGUUAAGAAAGUAACUAAGACAUGCUAUGCUCCAAUCUGUCUCAGCAUCCGCCCCUGAAGAAGGUACAACUGGCACUCUGUGUCCUCAGCCUACCCCAUAACCCACCCUACUGUCCUGAAACCUGCUUCAUGCCAGCUGUCCUUCUUCACACUGGGGUUGGCUUCAAACUGGGCUAUGUAUCCGUGAUGGUAAGGGAUGGCUCUACGAAGCCUUCCUCCUUCCCUUGGUUGGAGAAAGAUGGCUCUUAGAGUGUGACCCACCAGGGGCUGUUACUGGGUUCUCUCUCUUGCUUCCUUGUUGACUGAGUUGACUUUGCAUCCCUGUGACCACAAGACCUGACAGAGAUAGCUUGAGGAAAGACUGGUUUGUGCUCAUGGUUUCAGAUAAUUGCAGUCCGUUGUGGGGAAGGAAUGGCUGCAGACAUGUAGCUGAGCUUGUUCACAUCACGGCUGACCAGGAAGCAGAGAGGCUGGAUCCAGAGCCACACUCUAACCAUCAAACCUCUACCCAUAGCAACCUACUUCCACGAGCCAGGCCCCAUCUCUAAAUGUUUCUUAUAGAGCCAUUUAACCUGGUUUCUUUAUAGAGCGUUUGUCUCCUAAUCUUGAGAUGAGACCUACAGGAAGAUUAAGUGAAGCAAGAAAGUUUCUGAUGCCAGCAAGCCGACUCCACACAUUCUGGGGCUCGCUGCCAACUCCGACAAACUAAAUCUUAGCUCCUGGGCUGAAGUGAUGGAGAAAGAGGACCAGCUCCCAUCUCACAAGUUGUAUUCUGGCUUUCAGGAGAGUACCAGAGUCUGUGCCCCCACCCAUCCCAGACCCACGCGCGCACUUAGGAUGGGAGCCACCCACAGUGCCACUCCACCGGGGAGUCUGAUGGAGUCAUUCCUCAACUGAGAAUCAUCCUCUUCCCAGGCCAAAAAGCAAACGAAUCCAAGAAGUCAGGAUCCAAGAAGCAGAAACAGAAUCAGCGGGUUCGCAAGGAGAAGCCUCAACAACAUACCUUCACCCACCGCCUUCUGGCUGCAGCAUUAAAGAGCCAUAGUGGGAAUAUAUCUUGCAUGGACUUCAGUAGCAAUGGCAAGUAUCUGGCCACCUGUGCGGAUGACCGCACUGUCCGAAUCUGGAGCACCAAAGAUUUCCUUCAGCGGGAACACCGCAGCAUGAGAGCCAAUGUAGAGCUGGACCAUGCCACCUUGGUGCGCUUCAGCCCAGACUGCAGAGCCUUCAUUGUUUGGUUGGCCAAUGGGGACACCCUCCGUGUCUUUAAGAUGACGAAACGAGAAGAUGGGAGCUUUACCUUCACAGCCACCCCAGAGGACUUCCCUAAAAAGCACAAGGCGCCUAUUGUCAACAUUGGCAUUGCUGACACAGGGAAGUUCAUCAUGACAGCCUCCAGUGAUACGACCGUCCUCAUCUGGAAUCUGAAAGGUCAGGUGCUGUCCACAAUCAACACCAACCAGAUGAACAACACUCAUGCUGUUAUCUCCCCAUGUAGCAGGUUUGUGGGUUCGUGUGGCUUCACCCCAGAUGUCAAGGUCUGGGAGGUCUGCUUUGGGAAGAAAGGGGAGUUCCAGGAGGUGCUGCGAGCCUUUGAACUGAAGGGCCACUCUGCAUCCGUUCAUUCUUUCGCUUUCUCCAGCGACUCUCGGAGGAUGGCCUCUGUCUCCAAGGAUGGCACAUGGAAGCUGUGGGACACAGAUGUGGAAUACAAGAAGCAGCAGGACCCCUACUUGCUAAGGACAGGCCGCUUUGAAGAGGCGUGUACCAUGCCUUGCCGCCUGGCGCUCUCCCCUGACACCCAUGUCCUGGCCUUGGCCUCUGGCACCAGUAUUCAUCUCUUCAACACGAGGCGUGGGGAGAAGGAGGAGUGCUUCGAGAAUGUCCACGGGGAAUGUAUUGCUGACUUGACUUUUGACAUCACUGGCCGCUUCCUGGCCUCCUGUGGGGACCGUGCAGUGCGGCUCUUCCACAACACCCCUGGCCACCGGGCUGUGGUGGAGGAGAUGCAGGGCCUCCUGAAGCGGGCAUCCAGUGAGAGCACCCGCCAGAGGCUGCAGCAACAGCUGACCCAGGCUCAGGAGGCCCUAAAGAGCCUGGGUGCCCUGAAGAAGUGACUCUGGCUCUGGAUUGGUCUGGCUGCCUGCCACAAUGGUUGCUACUCUAUUCCCAGCUGUCCCUGGGGUAGAGACCUGGAGGAACCUCCCAAUUUUCUUCCUGUUGGCCUCCACUUUUUCCCAUUGAAGCUAUUCUUGCAUACUUGGAUCUCUCUCUCUCUCUCUUCUUGUUUGACUCCUCCCAUACUGAAAGGUGCUGUUUUCUCACAAGUCCAAGGGUGGAGUCUAUCUUCACCCAGCACUGAGAAGAGGGGUAGAAAGAAGAGAGACAGAGAGAGCAAAGCCUUUGACUGUGUGGCAAAAGACUCUGACACCCAAAGAAGUUUGUGAGUGAGUGUCAAAGUAAACCUGAGGGACACCAGAGAGUAAGGUACAGAAUGUGUUUUAUAAUGCUGCAAGGUGAGUCUCCACUGGACCAGGCUCCUGUUACCAGCAAGAAAUAAUUAAGGGAUGGUCUUUGUGUUGGUCUAUAAACUAGGUAUUCAACAGGCAAAGGCAGGAGGAUCAGGGGUUCAAGUCCUGCUUGGACUACAUAGUGAAUUCCAGGAUUUCCUGCGCUCCAUAUGGAGAAAGACCUUGACUAGAGAUUUUUUUGCUCCAGGCUUCAGUUUUCUUAUUUGUAAAAUGGGGAACGAUGCUCUCUGUGGCCUUCUUGAAAAGAUGUUGUAAGUCUAAGAGCAUUCCAAAGCUUCCACACAUGUAGCAUAACAGUGCUGUCCAACAUUAACUGUCAGGUCAACUUUGGACUCAAACUGUGGUCUGCAACCCAAUCAGAAAGAAACACAGUCCUUGGGAGGGCCAACCUUCUGAAACUAGGCUUGCUCAUUCAUCUUGGAUGCAUAUGGUGGUUUGGUUCAUGUGCCUUGAGAAGUAAUGCGAUCUUAGCAUGGCAACUCCUCUAUUGGAGACCUCUUGGGCUCAUCACUUUGGUGUCUGCUUCAUGGGAACAGCUAGUGAUGCUGGCUAACACAGACAAGACUGGGCCUGCUGCCAAAGAUAAAAGUUAGUGGGAAGAACCUAAAGGUUAGUGUCUGUGAAUUGCUGUUUGUUCACUCACAGCUGCAGGGGAUGUAGGCAUGGGGCUUGACCGUAAUGAAUUUAGGACUAAUGGGGAUGAAACGUAAUAUAGCCAAUGAGAGAUUGGUCUCAGACAUAUGAAUUUGAAUACUGCUUGGAUCCAAGAAGUGUGGAAAAUGUCAGGGAUCUAGGAAGGCUUGACUCUAGCAAAAAGUAUUCAUCCCAUUUAGUUUUGAUCUUUUGCUUAAAAGUAGGUCCUCUUCCAACCAUCCUCAAUGCUACAGAAUGUUGGAAUAAGGCACAACCCUGAAGUUGACCUUGAUGGCUCCCUUGUCGCCACCCUCUCCUUCCAUCACCACUGCUACAUCCAGAUGCCCUGCAGCAUCUGCUGUCUUCCCAUCUCUUCUGUUACUAUCCUGGUCUUAGACACUGUAAUGUACUAUAUGUAUAGUACUUCUCUUUCCAACCACAUUACUUCGUCACUUUUCUACAUAGUUUAGCCAGCUUUUGGAAAAUAUAAAACAGGUUGUGCCAUUCCCCAGUUAAAAAUCCUUCAGAGGCUUCUCUCUAUUCUUAGACUAAAAACCCUGAACACUCUCUGUGCCCUGCAUAAUGCAGUGAAGUUUAGCUCCUCCUGUGGUCUUCCUUUGCGAAGGUCGCGUCCACCCCAUUCUUCCUGUUUCUUUACUAACCCAAGCAGUUCACAGGCUCCAGGUAUGGGCUGGUCCCUCUUGUUUGUUGCAAGCAUUUUUCCUUUCUGUUGGCAGACUUGUCAAUGUGAUUCAGUCCUUGGUAACUUUGAUUUCAAACAGUUGCCUCCUCAAACACUCCAUCCGAAGUAGCCCUUUCCACCAAUCCCAUCCUGUUGUUUACAUUGGUGCUUUUCUUUCUUUUGUAUGAAUUGAUGAUUUCUAAAGCCAUCUUGUUUGAUGUGUAUUUGCUCCAGUGCCGUGACAAGGGCAGUCGUGUGUGUAGCAAAGGUAGGAAUUAGGUGGGUUGCCUGGUUGUGAGAUGGGAGGAAAUGGUAGAGACUGCAGUGAGCUGGUAGACAUGUGCCCUGGAUGCACAGUGGUUGGUAGCUGCUACGUAUUGUUUAAUAAUUCCCCCCAAGUUGCCAGUUUGAGAGAAGUUAGAUGUUAGCAUCUUACUCUGAAACGAGGCACCAUUGUGAAUUGCACCCAACACUGAUGAUAUAGGAAGAAUCAGCUCACCAGUCUCAUUGGCACUUAAGGAUUGUUCCUUGCUUUUCAUUUUGCAGGCCUGGGCAUGGAACCCAGAGCCUCCUGCAGGGAAGACAAUCGUUUUGCUGCUGAAUCAUGCCUCAGCCCUCACUAGGAGAGGCUAGACAGUGGCUGUCCUGCGCAGCCGCAGCCACAGCCCCUCACUGGGAGAUUCUAGGCAAAGGUUCUCCUUAGCCACAGCUGCAGCUCCUCACUGGGCAAAUGUUCUGCUACUGAGCCUCCAGCACUAGUUUGUGAAUUGCUGAAGAAUGCAUUGAAACAUGAGCUUCACAAAGACAGGACCCUUGUUUGUCUGCUUUGUUCUGGGUCCCAAGUCAAGAAGCUGGGACAGUGUAAGCGCUCAAUAAAUAGAACUCAGACUAGAAGUAAUUGACAGAAAAAUUGAUGUUCUUUUUUCUGCACUCCAUCCACUCUCCACUGUGGAUUCGGGUUUCUGAUGAGAUCAGCCAUAUUGAGGCCUGUAUGGUCGGUCACACCCAGGUUUGGGUUUCUGAGCACACAGCUCUGCCUCAUGCUGCAUGUGCAUGUGGGGUCUGGUAGAUGUCUCUUUGGCUGUCAGAAGCAGUAUAAAAGGCUUUCACUUGCUUUUGAAUGUCUGUUUUGAGAUGUAACUGGUGUCAUGACUGCGGAGGGAAGGUAGGGAAACCAAGAAUGCUGAGCCACUGAAGUCUGUUCCAGAAUCAGCCAAGUCAGUGACGUGUGACCUGGUCUGGGGUGAUCACAGAGGCUGCCUGAGUUUGUCUCCUCAUCUGUAAAACGGGAAUAAAUGCUGUCCUGUCUACCA